GUGCUAAAGAGCCGCUGAGCCAAUCGGCUCCCUGCCUGCGUCCGCGUGGCGGAGUAGUGAGGUUUGUGCCGGAAGCUGUGGAUGUAACGAUUCUCUGUGUGUUCCUGGGUUCAGCUACAGUGUAGUCAGGAUGGGGCGGAAAAUGUAGCGCGGAUUGGAGCAGAGCGAACCGUGCCGUGCCGUGCUGAGCUGAGCGCGAGUAGCGUGGGUGAGAAGCAGUUUUGGAAGAGGGCUGCACCGUCAGGUCAUGAUGCUGUCGACGGUCACUGCCGAUCUGGAGAGCGCUCAGCGGUUAUCUUUAGGAUCCGAUUCCCCUGCCCUCUCCGACCUGCCCCGGGAUGUAUAUGCUGAGCUGCAGCACAGGGAAGCACCUCUAACCCCUGACAGACCUGCUGGGGCAGCUGGGGGUGUUGAAUCCAGCCUGCCAGAGCCCCAGGGCUGCUUCGAGGGGGCGUCGGCCAGUUCCCCUGCUUUGAAGUGCGAGGUGUCCCAAGACGAAACUGGUGAAAUGCACGCCGAGGUGAACUGCAAAGAACUGGGCUCUGUUGCAACUGGUGAAGGCGAUGGGGAAGGAGGAGUGAGAACAGACCGCAGGACUGAGCCACCUUUGAGUCCCAUGCAAGGGGACGGCAUGAAUCCGGCACAGGCAAAUGAAAUCACAGUCGCAGAGUGCAGCGCUGUAGAAAAGGCACGGUCCAUUGACCUUGAAGCAGACAUUACAGACAUGGAUGUUGAUGCUGGACGUGAUGAAGGGUUGGAAGCGAGUGCAGCGGGGACCUGCGGGAGAGAACUGACCGAAUCAGAGAGCUCAUGUUCCCCAAUAAAGAAAUCUGAAGUGCCGGAAGCCAAAAACAAAACAGGCCUGGUCACGGCUGAUUCAAACGAUGCUGUAUCUGCAGCAGCUUGGGCCCUUGAAGUAGUUUCCAUGGAAACAAAGACUCAGAACUCCCCUUGCAUUGGUGAUGGAAAUGAGGAACCUAACACAAACAAUAAUAGUGCUGAUAAUCAUCCCUGUGGAGGGUCUGCACAUGAAGCUGGUGAACCUCUGCCCUGCGGUAACCUCUUAGAGAACAAGCUUUCACAAGCAGAGCUUAAAGAUGUGUCUGUUGCAAAGGUGGAGAGUCCAGGACAAAAUGUUGAAGCUGCCCAGAGUACUGGGGUAGGACGGGAUCUAAUGGAUAACCACUGGGUGCACUCCAGGUUCGACGAACUCGCACCUUACAUCAGGCCGCACGAUGAAGAUGAGAUCUUGGGCGUCUGCGCUGAGAACGAAUUCGUGCUCGGAGUCGAUUGCAGCCGUUCGGAACAGAAGGACGCUGAGGAUUCUGUCCGUGGAGAAGGGGAAGAAAGGCUCCCAGCUGAACUCUCCUCCGAAAGUCAGUCGGAAGUGAUUUCGGAAGCAGAACCAGUGGCGGGUCUCCCGGGUGAGGGAUGCGAUGUUCCUGUCCUGACCCGUUCAGAAGUGCACCAGGCAGAGCGUGCCGUGCCUUGUGAGUGUGUGACUCGGAUCCAGGAGGGGGGCUCUGCAAAGGGCAGCACCCCGUGUUCCGCAGGGCUCGGCAGCCCGGCACAUGUGCACUGUGGCUCUGACCGCAAUUAUUGUUCACAAUGCAAUAGGAAUAUCGAGGUGCCUGCUGACUGUAAAAUCGCAAGCAGCGUCCCAGCGAAACACCUGAAUAAAAGUGGCUGCUGUCCCCUGGGUUACAAUGUGCCAGCUGGAGCUCCUUUGGUAACCACCAGGGGCCAGAGUGUGACGCCUCAGGCUUGUGAUGCACUGGAAACCGAGAGCCAGGGUGCAGCUCAGACUCCGGAAAGCGAUUUCUCUGUGCGGUUAUCGGGGGAGGAAGAUCCUGUGGAGCUGCUGCAAGGUGAAACGGACCUCUCCAGGCAGGCAGCUCAUGGCGAACAGGCCCUAACUGUUCAGAAGUGUGAAGUGCGAUUGGAAAACAAUGAAGCGACUUCGGUAGCAAAGCAAAAGACUAAAGACGUGCUGCACCCAGAAGAUAAGCUGGAGCAGAGGGCAUCCUCUGAAGCUGCCGCAGAUAUUGGGACAAUGGUUUCAGCAGACCGAACUGGAAGUACUGGCACGCUCGGGGAAAGAGACCCCGAUAGGGGGACGGAGUCUGGGGGAGACGGAGUGAAGCUUGGGGUUUCAGAGUGUCGGACGGAUCGCGGAUCCCAGUUAAACUCUGAAGGUGAAAAAGACACUCUAGGUACCCCUGCAUCUUCAAUAGGAAAUCCAUCGGCACUCGAAAACAGGUCAGCCACUGAUAUAACUCUGCACGGUGCAGGAGCAGCGGCUGUUGCUGAUGGUGCUGGAGUGAACGGCUUGUGUGGGACGUUGGAGCAGGAAAAGCCGAGCAGUCUGAUUGAUGUGGAAAGACCUUUAACAGAAUCUGAAAGUGGACAAGUUUCGGGAAGCGUUGAGAUCCCACUGCAACCCAGGGAAGGUUGCAAAACAGCUGCCGUUAGUGACGGCACUACAGAAAGCGUGUGUGGAGCUGCUGAGCUGGAGUCGGGAGGUCGGAGUACUUUGAAUGAUAAGGACAAAUCUGUAAAAGAAACCGAAGGCAUUGAGACAAGCUGGCAGCCCAGUGAGGAUUGCAGGCUGCCCUGUGAAGGUGAACUGGACUGCAUCGAAACAUCACAAAGCCAAGGUAGCUGUAAAGCAAUUCCGAACUGUCAUGCAGAAGAAUCCGAAAUCCACGAGGAUCCAGUGGACCCUGCCACUCCUUUACAAACCGGUUGUGAUGUUUCCGGAGACUGGGAAAGAUCUAGUGCAGAAAGUUCAGAACCACGUGAGAAUCGAUUGGACCCCCCUGGUCAUUUCAGAACUGGUUGUGAUGAUGAGGCCACACCUGAAAAACGGCAGCCUUGCAAAGGAGCAGAAGAAGAUGCUGAAAGACUGCGUGCCUCCGAUGAAGAAUUGGACUGCACCGAAGGGCGUUCAGACAGCCAAGGCAAAAACCUGACCUCAAUAGACAAGGUGGAAGCUUCAGCUGAGGGUGGGGCUGCAUUAAAAAACAGCCUGGUUAUUAAACAGCAACCUGCUGACCCGGAAACAGUCAGCUCUGAACUUGGUGGCAGGAGCGAGGAGAUUGCAGAGGUUCCAUUGGAAAGAAUGGAGCACCAGCCAGCUGUGUGCAACAAGAGCACCUCCCCCCUGCAUGCAGCAAGCAGUGUGGCAUGCAGCCAGAGCAACCAGGCUUUGCUUGUGGAGCUUGUGGAAGAAACGAGCCUCUCUGAAGGGGAGAGAACCACAGAGUGCACUUUGCAAGACCCCAGUGCUCCCCACACUUCUGAGUGCUGUAAUCAAAAACAUACAUCUCCAACUGAAAUUGACAACAGCUCAAAAACAAGCAGCUGUGACCCGCCUUGCACAAGCCACACACACAGUGUUCCCGUUGAGCCAGGAAAAGCACCCGUUGGGAAGUGCGCUGCGGUUGAAGGGGAGUUCGGAAAGCCGCCUAGAAAGAAGAGGGUAGUGGAGUUACGGAAACAGCCAGAAAGGAGUUGCAAGGCAGGGACCAAGGUGCCAGAGCUAUUGCAGGAUCUGAGAAGAAUGAGGGAUUCAAACGCUCAAGUGUUUAUCAGGACCCAGGUAGUGAACAUUGCAGAGCUAGGCCAUGGGACUAGUGAAACCAUGAACCACGCAGUUCAUAGCGGCGCAGUUCUGAAUGCAAACCUGCCCAAGGAGGAAAGGACUUUCCCUUCUCUAAGAAACGAGACGUCCAAGCCACACAAGCCUUGCCUUAAUGUGCUGCGCAGUGUAAAGUGUCAGAAAAAUAUCCAGGAACCCCUGCUGUUGAAGUUAUCGAACGUGGCCAGUAGCCUGGUGCCGGUUAGGAGUCCUCAAAAGUUCAGACCUUUUUAUAGGUCGUCCAAAGCCUUGCCGUACAGAUUAGAGAGGGGGCUGAAAGCCGGAGCAGCUGACGUCUCUGUGUGCAUGAAGACAAAAUUAAAACCUUACUGGUACAACAGUUUUUGUUGCAGGCUUCCCCAUUUAAAGGGCCACUCUUUGAAGAAUGUAACAUUUCAGUCUCUUGCACUUUCCUGCAAUGCAGACCUAUCCAAGGUUUCCUUGUACCGAACGGAUCGCUGGAAACCCUCGGUGACCUUUACUACCCCCGUCUUUCCAGUUUCUUUCCAUGUUAGAUUGGGGUCCAUGUCGUCUUUACCGUCUGGUGAUGAUGAUGAUGAUGAUGAUAAGAAGUCUUGUUCUUCAAAACUCAUGUUGCAUGAAGCAUCUAUCCAGCCUCCUUCAUCUUCCUCCUCCUCUCUCUCUUCAGCAUGGACUUGUUCCUCCUUCUCUCCAGAUGUUUCCGCAGGUUACCGCAGCGUUGUCCAGAACACCACGCUCACAGGCUUCAGUGGUGAAUUGCACCCCGUUGUGUUUACAUGCUCUGGGAGCAGCGAGCCCCGCUGCCGAAGCUGCUGUUUCAGUGAAUGCCAGGAGCUUGUGUGCCGGACGGCCUCCUCUUCCUCCUCUCCGUUCUCCAGGUUCGGGCUGCACACUGUUUUAGCCCUUUCCUCUCCGGCUUGUUAUCGGGUCUGGACUCGCCGGCGCUGCCUGGGCGGAAGGGUCCCUGCGGUCCAGAAGAGGUUCCUGUCCCAGUUUGAGGAGGGGCUGAAGGUGUCUUCCUCGACCCUGAAGGAGAACCUCUUUCCCUCGUUGCACUACUCUCUGGGAAGGAUCGUGGCAGCCUGGAGCAGUCGUGGGCCAGCGGCCUGCCUGCCUGACUUCACUACCUUCUCCUGCCUUGCCACGGAUCACAGCUAUGCAAGGCAGUUGCUGGGGUGCUUUGUAACCAGCUCGUUUGCUGAAGACCGUGCAGCCGCAGGUGUUGCUAAUGAAAGUGACCUCAAUCAACCGGACUGCACUUUACAGAGAGAGCCAUGCCUGAUGCCGUUGUCGCCUGUGUCUGACCGACUGGUCUUUGCACUACUCGACCAGACUGCUGCACAGAUCAGACCAAAGUCCCUCAUGGCCUGGUCCAGCCUGCCGGCAGCCUCCUGUAUGGAAUGUCGUGCGAGUGACUCCGCCCAGCGCUCCGCAGCACUGCCUGAGAUCCUGGGUGUGAGCUAUCCAGAGAUGAAAGAGCAGAGUGUUCUUGAGAAGAGUCUGGUGAGCGAGCCGGGGCAGAGGACGAAGAGGGUUUCCCAAAUCCGCAUUCGGAAAACCGUCCCCAAACCGGACAACAAUCUAACCCCUAUGGGGCUACCGAAACCAAAGAGAUUAAAGAAGAAGGAAUUCAGCUUGGAGGAGAUCUACACCAACAAAAACUACAAGUCUCCGCCUUCCAACAGGAGCCUGGAAACCAUCUUCGAGGAGCCGAAGGAGAAGAACGGCGCGCUGGUGUGCAUCGGGCAGCAGAAGCGCAAGCGGGUCCUGGAGUUCCAGGACUUCACCGUGCCCCGCAAGCGACGCGCCAGGACCGGGGUGAAGCUGAAGAGCAGCCGCACGCGGGGCAGGAAGGCAGCGAAGCAGGGCUGUGCAGAGCUGGACGUGCUGCUCAUCGAGAAGCUGAGCGCGCUGGAGCACUUCUUCAACACCGAGCACAUCACCAUCUGAGCCCUGUGCGGAGCUGCGACACAGAGAUCUGAGCCCUGUGCGGAGCUGCGGCACAGAGAUCCGAGCUGCUGUUUAAAAUCACUGGCUUCACUAAUCCCAUCUUGAUUCCUGCUUUUCUUCUUCUCUGCCUCCA